AUGGCCAGCGUCAACGGGAGCUUCGCCUCGCCCGCAGCAGAUGCCUCUCUCCAUGCGGCCGUCGCCUCCUCGUCGGGCCUCUUCAUGGCCAUCUACAACAAUACCUCUGCCUGGGGCGCCGUGCUUGCGCUCUUCCUCUUCGCAGUCGCCUACGAUCAAUUUAAAUACAUAUGGCUGAAGGGGUCAAUUGUUGGUCCCCGGUUCAAGAUCCCCUUCAUGGGGCCUUUCCUCGAGUCGGUCAACCCCAAGUUCUCUGAAUACAAGGCAAAAUGGGCCAGUGGAGACCUCAGCUGCGUCUCUGUCUUCCACAAGUUUGUCGUGAUUGCCUCUACCCGUGACAUGGCCCGCAAAGUGUUCAACUCGCCCAUGUACGUCAAGCCGUGCGUCGUCGACUCGGCUCACAAGCUGCUCGGCAAGACUAACUGGGUCUUCCUCGACGGCAAAGACCAUGUCGAGUACCGCAAGGGUCUCAAUGGCCUCUUCACCAGACAGGCAUUGAGCGUCUACAUGCCGCUCCUUAACAGCGUCUACGACAGGUACUUCAGCAUGUUCAUCAAGGAGUCUGCUGACAACAACCACAAGCCCGUUCCAUGGAUGUCACAGUUCAGAGAGCUCAUGUGUGCCCUCUCCUGCCAGACCUUUGUGGGUGACUACAUGACCAGCGAAGCCGUGGUCAAGAUCGCCAACGACUACUAUCUCAUCACCGCUGCGCUCGAGCUCGUCAACUUCCCCAUCAUCCUCCCCUUCACCAAGACCUGGUACGGAAAGAAGGCAGCUGACAUGGUCCUGGCCGAGUUCAGCAAGUGUGCUGCCAAGAGCAAGGUCCGCAUGGCUGCUGGCGACGAGGUAUCCUGCAUCAUGGACGGCUGGGUCAAGGCCAUGCUCGAUUCUGCCGCCUACCGCGAGAAGAUCGCCAAGGGUAUCGCUGUUCCAGACGCCGAGAAGCCAAAGCACAUCCUCCGUGAUUUCACGGACUAUGAGAUUGCACAGACCAUCUUCACCUUUCUCUUUGCCUCCCAGGACGCAACCAGCAGCGCCUGUACCUGGCUCUUCCAGAUCAUGGCCGAUCGCCCAGACAUCCUCGACAAGGUCCGAGAGGAGAACCUCAAGGUCCGGAACGGUGACCGCAAUGUACCCAUCUCCAUGGAACUGCUCGACCAGCUCACCUACACCCGUGCCGUCGUCAAGGAGACCCUUCGAUACCGCCCACCAGUCAUUAUGGUCCCAUACGAAGUCAAGAAGGACUUCCCGGUCACCCCCACAUACACUCUCCCCAAGGGAUCCAUGAUUGUCCCAUCCGUCUGGCCGGCUACCCACGACCCCGAGGCAUACGAGGACCCGGAAUCCUUCAUUCCAGAGCGAUGGAUCACCGGUACCGCUGAGCAGAACGCAAAGAACUUCCUGGUCUUUGGAACAGGUCCUCAUUACUGUCUAGGACAGACUUAUGCAGUGCUUAACUUGAUGGCCUUGAUCGGAAAGGCCAGUAUGCUCAUCGACUGGGAGCACCACACCACUCCCCAGUCCGAAGACAUCAAAGUCUUCGCUACCAUCUUCCCACAGGAUGACUGCCCACUCGUCGUACGACCCCGGCCAGAGUGA